AUGGAGGCACAACUUUCUUCCCUUCGCCUUCGUCUUGGUGAUACGCACGAGUACGACUUCGUGGAAGGGCCUUUUAUCUGGCCCCCAGCUAAAGGAAUUGAGGAGGCUUUUGGCAAGCAGGAAGCCUGUUAUUCGUUCUUUGACGACACGUUGGCUAGUAUUCACCAGUCUGUGCUCGAUUUGGCCGAGUAUCUCGAUUCUGAUGAAGGUCCUUUCGAUGGGAUUAUCGGAUUUUCUCAGGGAGGCGCUUUGGCUGCAACUCUGCUCGCUGCCGAGGAGCGUGGGCAACUUCCAUAUCCAUCCGGCUCGAGCCGCUCAAGACUGAAGUGCGCCAUAUUUCUGUCAUGCGGCCAGCCAUGGGAUUUUGCUGCUCUACAAGCCGGAGAAAAUCGCCGCUUGACAUUUGAUACAGAUGGAGUAUGCAUUCGGAUUCCUACGGCACAUUUUUGGGGUCGUAACGACACUGAAGGAUUCAUUGGAAACUACGACAUGUCGUUGCUUUGUGACGACAAGAACAGAGUCUCAUUCGCGCAUAUGGCCGGUCACGGCAUACCGACGGGAUCCAGGCCCGCGGAAUUGGAAGCGAUGGUGAAGUGCAUUGAAACAACCAUGCAAAGAGCAUUGUUAGCAGACAACGAGUAA